AAUCGCUUGGCGACAUAACGGUGAGAAGGCGGCGGAAGCAGUUUGAUCCCGACGCCUUUGCUCGCCUGAUGACGGACCAUUACAAUCGCCGGCGCGAUCAGGCAAGCGCCCUGGAGGACCGCCUCACUUCUCUCCACAACGACCUUCUCAUCUCCAUCCUCUCCUUCCUCCCCAUCAAGCAGCGCGUCGCCCUCUCCGCCGUCUGCUCCCGCUUGCUCCGCCUCCUCCCCUCCAUACCCCGACUCGACGCCUUCCGGCUCGAGGUUGUGCAUCCCUCCGGCGGCGUCGACAUCAGCCAACAUUUUACCUUCCCCCGCGCCCUGAUCCGCCAAUGCCACAUCGUCUUCCACGACUUCACCUAUUUAUCCAAACGCCUCGAGCAGCUCCUCGUCGAGGACCUCGUCGAGGUGGGCGUCCAAGAUCUCAUCCUCGAAAACUCCAGUAUCGGAUGGUUGCAUUUCAGCGGCCAGGAAAAUUGCGGCUUCUUCGGCGAAAAUUGCGGCUUCUUCGGCGUCAAGUCGCUGAGGAGUAUCUCCUUAGACGGAAUCUUGGUGGGAUGCUUUGAUGGCCACCCCCAUCCGCCCAUCGCUUGCACCCUUCUCACCUCCCUCAAAAUUGAAUGUUGCAACCUUCGACGGAAUGAUUUCCUGCAAGCCGUCCUCAUCUCUUGCCCUUUCCUCGAGACUCUACAUUUCAUCUAUUCCUUAGAAUACGGGGGCAACCUCAGCAUCCACUCCGCCUCCAUUAAGCAUCUAGUCCUAUUAUUCGGACACCGCGCCGUCAGCACCAUCAACGUCCGCUGCCCAAAUCUUGAGUCGCUCACCGUCAACGUCGCCCAUGAGCUGCGCAUUGAAGCUCCCAAGGUCCGGAACGCGUCAUUACUUCUCAGCAUCUCUCCGGCGACAGAUCCUGCAAGUGCAUUGAUGAGGAUUCUCGACUCUGCUUUUGGAAUCGAUGGCGCUUGGCUCAUGCUGAAUUCUAACACAACUCCAAACGGAUUAACAGCAGAACACGUAAUUGAUAGAAUUUUUUGUCCGGAAUACAUAAAGGACGCCGUUAUUAUCAACUUUGACUUCGAUCUUAAAGAUCGAUCCUCAGCGAUGAUAUUGACUCAGCUUCUUAAGAAAUGUAAUGACAACAAAACCAGGUUUGAUAUACGUGUGGAUGCUAUGCAUAUACAGAGCACUAAUGAAAUGGCAAGGGACGAUCACUUGCUUCAUGGCUCUACAUAUGUAGAGCUAAUUAAAUUACGAAUGAUCAUGCCCCGGAAGAGGUUUGAAAAGUUUCUCUUGUAUCAAAAGCGGUUGGAGGAGGAAAUAAAGACAAGAUUGCAAAAGCUGAAAAGCCGCACCUGUAAAGAGCAAUUCAACGAUAUAUUAGUUUUCAAUGAGCCCCUGGUCGAAGUAUCCUCGAGUAUCACUAACUGUAUUGAAAUAAAAUUUUAGUGUUUUUUUUUUCUUCUUCUGUUCAUUCAGUGUUUGCUAAUUGUUUGAUUUCAGUCAUACAAUGUCUUUAUUUAAAGCUCAGUUCUUGCAUUUCUGAUGACUAAUUUGUUGGACUUAUGAUUUGCGAGCUUUAUGAUUUGUUGGACUUA